AUGGCUUCAUUCCACCCCCGAAUACCGCUGGGCCUUGUUGCACGAUAUUUGCGUGGCUUCUCGCCCGUCGAGGGGAAAAGAUACAUUACCUGCCACUCCCUGCGAAACCAAGGGAGCUUAAAAAGUGUGGAUGAUGAAGCUUUCAAUUUGCUUGCGUCGCAUUACAAAAAUGGGAACUGUCUAAACUUAUCCGUAAGUAACAAUAUCAUCCCGAAAUAUUUACGGGAAUAUUUUUCACUCGACUUGAAUAAAAGCCUUUCCUUCGAUGUGAGACAUUUAAGGAUGAUUGAAGACAUGGCAUUAAGUUCGUUCCACUUGGAGCCAAAAUAUUGGGGAUGUACAUUCGGCGUAAACAGCACUGUUGAUUACCCCCCCGGAGAAGUGGAUAAUCCCUUCACUUUCACUUUAUUUCGGAGUCUUACUAAUUGCAAAAAUUGCAAAGGUAGAGUAAUGAACAUAAGUUUUGCCUUAUCAGAGGAGGGGGAAGAAGCAAAUAACCCUCUCACAGAAAACUAUUACGACUGCGUUAAUGUAAAAAUUAAGGACAAAGUUGAUUAUGAGCAGAUACAUAAAAUAUAUGACGCGUUUAACCCUCAUUUGGUACACGUGGACGAAACGAACAACCCUCACAAUUUUAAUUACGAUUUUUUCAGCAGCUUGAAAGACAUAAACAAAUGUGUAGUCAUUACAAAUAUUAGCAAUAAGGGUAGUUUAAUUUCGCACGAUUUUAUUCCCUCUCCUUUUAAGAAUUGCGAUGUUGUGUAUACCUACUUUAACGAAAAUAUGAGAGCACAUAACUGCCAUGUUAUUUUUUACAAAAAGGGGUAUAAGCAGAUGGACACGGAGGGAAAAUUAAUCCAUUAUGAGUAUGAAAAAAAACUGAAAAAUCAUUUUCUCCCCAUUCGGGUAAAUAACACAAUUUUUUCCUUUAUGACGUCGUUCAGAAUGAUGAAAAAUGCCGAAUUUAAGGAGUACGUAAUUCAGUCCAAAGAAAACACGCGUGCACUUUUGUCCCACUUAAAUAAGGAUUUUUUUAACAUACAAUAUACGCAAAAUAGUAACUUCCUAAAUUUAAAUUGCACAAUUUCCCCUUUUAACGUGUACGAAUUUCACCAAUUCUGCAAAGAAUUAAACAUUUUUUUUGACAUCCUUAAUCCAUUUAAGUAUGCCCAGAAAUCUUUUAAUGUUGGAACAAAUUAUUUGACGAGCAUGGGUCUCCUGGAGGGUGACAUGAAGACUGUAGCGGAGUUCUUAAACCGGACUCUUUCGCUAUAUCUUUGUGCAAAGCGGCAGGCCAAUUGCGCCAGCAACGAAUUUAUGCAAUUUUUGAAACAGACUUAUGUGACGUCUCCCAAUAUGUUGUCCCUUUCGAACGACAUUUUUUCUUUCAUUUCGUCUUUCCCGGAUGUGCACAGUUGA